UCACCUCUUAGAAGCAGAUAUGAUACGAGCACUCUUAACCACUCGUAGCAUCGAGCAAACACUCCCCCAUUCUCCUCGCCAAGCAUGAUGUAAAUGUCAGACGCCGGCGGCAACCGCGAGGACACCGACUCCAACCACCUGCAGCCGGAGCCGAGCGAAGCCGAAGCGGGCACGCCGAGGGUGCUAGCCGCGCUGUCUUUCGUCUUGGAGAAGCUGGUAGCUCGGAACGAUCGGCUGGCGGUCGACAGCGGGGCGAGCGACGACGACGACGACAAUGGCAGCUCGCGGAGGCUGAGGGCGUUUCACGGUGCGAGAGCGCCGAACAUAAGCUUGGCGAAGUACGUGGAGAGGUUGUACAAGUACUGCAGUUGCAGCCCGGCGUGCCUUGUGGUUGGGUAUAUCUAUAUUGACAGGAUGGUGCACAGACACCCUCGGUUCCUCCUCGUCUCCCUCAAUGUCCACAGGUUGCUCGUGACAAGUGUCAUGCUUGCUUCUAAGAUGCUGGAUGAUGUGCAUUACAACAAUGCGUUCUAUGCUAGGGUUGGGGGAGUGAGCAACGCAGAGCUGAACAGGCUAGAGCUGGAGCUGCUGUCGAUGUUGGAUUAUGGAGUGAUGGUGAGCUCUAGGGUUUUUGAGAGCUACUGCCUCCACUUGGAAAAAGAAAUGCUGUGGAAUGGCAUCUCCCAGAAUGUCCCUAGGUCGCCCUCACUACCCACCCCUGUUCAUCACAUUCCUGAAAUUCCAUUACACGAUCCCCAACCCUAGCUCUCUCUCUCUCUCUCACACACACACACACACACCAAAAGUCCAUAAAUUCAUAGUGAGAAAAAAAGUUUGUAACGAUGAAGAGUACUCAAAAUUCAAGGGUACCAUCUUAGCAUGAUUCCUUAUCUCGGUUCUAUUGGUUCUUGUAAUGAACUCUUUGCAUUUUAUCUCACAUUAUGAAAAAAUUUCCACUCUCGGCUAAAAUAGUCUCUGAUAAGAUUAUAUUUGGUUUACCGAAUAAUCAUCCAUAUGAUUACAGUUGAUGACUAUUUGUAAAUUUCACUAUCAGAGUAUUUAUAUGAUUGCGAUUGAUGAUCUGUUUGCAAA